AUGAGCGGAAAGGGUUGCCAGCUCAUGGUGUCGCCAUGUACCGUGUCCCCAUCGCUAAGGAAGAUCGGCAGGCACGGGUCCCAAUCCGUCAAGGCACCCGCGGCUUCCCCUCACUGGGAAUGUCCCACCUUCCCAGGCGUGGACAAGUCUACUACCGGGAAACAGAGCGGCAGCCACAUCGCCCUGCCGAGUCUGAGCCUCCGCAGGAAGGUGUUGACUAAUGGGAAGCAUGGCACUAAGCUCUCAUCCCUGCACCAGACGGAGCUUCCGGACACAACCAUGCAGAGAGGUACAUCAGGUUGUGCCGUCUCCAGGCCUGGCAUUGAGGUUCUUGGACAUCCAGCUACUUCAAACCUAACAGUGACCAGCAUCCCAAUGUCAAUCCAUUCAUACGAUGUCACGUCAAGAGCGGCUCAUCACCCUCCACUUGAUGCCAGGUCCUUGCUAUCCAGAGAAUCCCUGGCGUCAACCACCCUCAGUCUCUUCGAAACCCAGUCGGUGUUUAGCAGCAGGCACGACUGGCCAUUUGGCUACCGCGUGCUCCCUCCACUGGGACAGGCGCCAUGCUCCACACAGGCUGGCGAGGGCGGCGAGCAGCUCGUCCUCCCACCUGGCACGGCCAUGUCCGGCACGACGGCAUCAAGCACAUCAGCUUCCCUGCCCUCGUACCUUUUCACAGGGGAUUCCGGUAGCCCCAGACAACCAAAGAAGAGAGCGCUUUCCAUGUCACCGUUGUCUGACAUGAUGGGGAUUGAUUUCAACUCCAUCAUUCGUACCUCGCCUACGUCGCUUGUGGCUUACAUCAAUGGCUCCCGAAGCUCGCCGGCCUCCCACCCAACACUCUCUCCUGUCCACUCCGACAGUUACGGCCACUUCUUGGGGGUAAAGGGCUCCUGGAUCCCUCAGCCUCAUUCCCACUUUGUCCCUAACUCCUCACAUACUCUUGCUCCGUUGGACGAGUGCACAAAAGUUCUCGAAGAAAGCGCUGUUCUGGAGAAUCACGCUAACAUGAUAGUGGAGCACAGAACUUCAGAGACCAGUAGACCAGAGGCUAGGAACAUUCUGCCACCUGUGCAGCUACAACCAGGACAACUGACUGCUCAAGAAUCAACCGUUCCUCAGGGACCACCACCACCUUACCACUCCCAUCAGCACAUCCACCACCUUCCCAGAAGUUAUCACAAGAUAAAGACUCAAGAUCUGCUCAGCCAGGGUCCACCCCGGCAUGGACUCGGCUUUUUACCCCAGGUCCCGAUGCUGGAGGAAGAAGAAAGUGAACUGGAAGACUACGGGUCCAACUGCUGCAUGUGGAUGGACUGCAGCGCCGUCUACGACCAAAAGGACGAGCUGGUGAGGCACAUAGAACAGAUACACGUGGACCACAGGAAGUCCGAGGACUUCACGUGCUACUGGACGGGCUGUCCUCGCAAUCGUAAACCCUUCAACGCCCGUUACAAGCUUUUGAUCCACAUGAGGGUCCAUUCAGGAGAGAAGCCCAACAAAUGCAAGUUCAAGGGCUGCAAAAAGGCUUUCUCUCGCCUGGAAAAUCUCAAGAUCCACCUGCGUAGCCACACGGGGGAGAAGCCGUACCUGUGCCAGCACCCAGGAUGCUCCAAGGCGUUCAGCAACUCCAGUGACAGAGCCAAACACCAGCGUACCCACUUGGACACCAAGCCAUAUGCUUGCCAAGUGGCAGGCUGUGCCAAGCGCUACACUGAUCCCAGUUCCUUGAGGAAGCAUGUCAAGUCCCACUCUAGCGCAGAGAGACAGUUACGAAAGAAGAUGAAAUCCACAGUUGAUGUGACCCAGCACCCACUAACAGACUGUUUAACCAUCCACCAUCUGCACCCGAGCCUCUCUCCGCCAGACAACUUGACAGCAUCCUCCGGAGCUACUCGUGAGCCAUACUCAUCCUCGAAGCAGCCACAAAACUCCUCCCACAAUCCCAGCUUGACUCUGAUGCGUACGCUUCAAGAAAAUCACAGGUUUGGUGAUCAUCGGCUCUUCUGCGAUGACCCCUACCCACCUCUCCCUUGCCUCCCACAUCCUCCUGAUGGGACAUCUCAAGACAUGAAACAACGUGGUCUGGCCCCUGACCCUGCAGCAGACUACAGCCCAGAGCUCUCAGGGCCAAUGGAGGCUCUCUAUUGUUACGACGGGCUGGACGCUUCCGGUCACCUGAUGCGGGUAGACGACUACAGCGGCGGGGUUAAUCCCAACAACGAGCAAUCACCUCUUGCCUACAACGCAGGGUUUGAUGUCUAA